AGGGUUCCUUCAGCAGCCAGUGGCUUUGCUGCAGAAGGCGCCGGGCUGAAUUCUGGAGGAGCUGCUGCUGCGUUUGGAUUCGUGCCGUUGCUGGUUCUGACUCUGGAGAUCACUCAACAUUACAAAAAGGCUGGGCGAUGGAAGUGACAAUGCAGGAACCAUCCUAAGAAGCUUUUCUGAUCAAAGUGGAUCUAACUGGAGACUGGCCGGAUUUGCAAGUCCGUGACUCUCCUCACCUUUGCUUUCCUCCCCACCCUUCUUUUCCCCAGUUGGUUUACGCUCAGGAUUACUUUGGAAACUUUACUGAAAAAGAAAACUGUUGGUUUUCCACGCCCUGGCCAUGUUCGGGAAACUGCUUGCCUUUCAUGGAUUUGUGCCCCCUUCUGGGUAUUGUGUUUGCGCUGGUUGUCUGCAAGCCUAGGAAUUUCCAGGAGGGGCCUCUGUUGUGGAUUGUUUUUGUUUCUAUGGAGAAACGCAAUGAGCUGUUUUACUCCUGAUGACGGGGAAAUCCGCCUUCAGUUUUUUGUAUGCCUGGAAAGGAAUCCUUUAUACAUGUCUGCCAGGAAAUAAAAGCAACAAAAGAAAAGAAAUGAGUCGUCAGACUGCCACAGCACUUCCGACAGGUACCUCCAAGUGCACACCGUCCCAAAGGGUACCGGCCUUGACGGGCACCACCGCUUCCAACAAUGACUUGGCCAGCCUCUUUGAGUGCCCCGUCUGCUUUGACUAUGUGCUGCCACCUAUCCUCCAGUGCCAAAGCGGGCACCUCGUUUGUAGUAAUUGCCGCCCCAAGCUCACCUGUUGUCCGACCUGCCGAGGACCGUUGGGUUCCAUUCGGAAUUUGGCUAUGGAAAAAGUUGCCAACUCCGUACUGUUUCCUUGUAAAUACGCCUCCUCCGGCUGCGAGAUCACCUUGCCGCAUACCGAGAAAGCUGACCACGAAGAGCUUUGUGAAUUCAGGCCUUACUCUUGUCCGUGCCCUGGGGCCUCUUGUAAGUGGCAAGGCUCUCUGGAUGCUGUCAUGCCACACCUCAUGCACCAACAUAAAUCCAUAACAACGCUACAGGGAGAAGAUAUUGUUUUCCUCGCUACGGACAUUAACCUUCCUGGAGCUGUCGAUUGGGUUAUGAUGCAGUCUUGCUUUGGCUUUCACUUCAUGUUAGUACUGGAGAAACAGGAGAAAUACGAUGGCCACCAGCAGUUCUUUGCAAUCGUACAGUUGAUAGGCACGCGGAAGCAAGCGGAAAAUUUUGCUUACCGCCUCGAGCUGAACGGUCACAGGCGGCGAUUGACUUGGGAAGCAACCCCGCGAUCGAUCCACGAGGGGAUCGCAACCGCCAUUAUGAAUAGUGACUGCUUAGUCUUCGAUACCAGCAUUGCACAGCUGUUUGCAGAGAACGGCAACUUAGGUAUUAAUGUGACAAUUUCAAUGUGCUGAAACCCCAAUCUGACAUUUUCAGGGCCAGUGUCUAAAAAAUAAUAAUCAUCACCACCUCAAUCCAAAUCCGCUGCAUUCAAGUUUCACAGAAACUGUGGUAAACAUCUGACUGCUAGGUGUGAACUAUUGGGAGGGAGAGGCUAGCAUAAAUGAAGGCAAAUUAAUGGGAAGACUGUUCAGGUGCAGAUAACAGUUGCAUGUAAUAACACUAAUAUAUUUAAAUGAGUCAGCAUUAAACCACUGAGAA